AUGGAGGUAAUUGAGGAUCCUAAAACAAUUUCUAAAGAUAUCCGCACCCAGACCAUGACCUCUAACAUUGGUACUCCUGACCCAGUACUGAAUAAUUAUAUUAAGGACCUAGUAGAUGACUCUGUAUCUGGGUCGGUAAAUUCUGCUGUUCAAUCAGCUGUUUCUAUACUCCAGGACAGUAUUUCAAAAUCUAUGUCCUUGGUGUUAUCCAGUUCUGGGCACAAUAUUACUGUACCUAAUAUUCCCCUACCUAAUAUUUCAACUCCAUCUGACCAAUUCUGGUCACCAGAGACUUCAGUCUCCAAGUUGGCUAAGGGUUUUCAUACCCAUAAGAAAGCCACCUCAAAAAGGCAUCACACUCAUGACGGCAAAGUUCCCCAUAAAAAACGUGCCAAAGGGGUUCGCCAAGUUACAUCUAAUGAUUACAGACCUAUACCAGGUCACUCUGAUAGUGCUAUUAUCGCACUCAAUCAACCCUCUGUACAAGAGGAAGUUAAAACCAAAAAACCUAGAAAAACCGUACAUCGGUCUAAACCAAACUCAUUCAACGAGUAUACUUCUGAUGACUCCGCUGACUCACCUCUAGAAGAUGCCUUAGAGGAUUUAGAAUACAUUUCAGAUGAGAGCGGUGAAAUAAUUGAAGACCCUGAUACUCAGGAAGCAAUUAUAUUAGAUCCGGACACCUCUUAUUUUGACCCUUCCCUUAUUCAUCACCCUAGAUCCGGGGAAUGGCUCCCUAAACCUGUAGUGGCUAUGUUUCUUGCUCAACGGGUUAAUAAGGGACUAGAUAAAUCCACCCGUAGUAAACUUAAAUCUGAAUGUCCGAGACCCUCUCUCCCUCACUGUUCCUCUACUACUCCAGACAUUGACCCCGUUUUGAACAAAUUUUUAAUGAAAUCUGGCAAAAACCCUAAAAAAGGGAUAGACAGAAGUUUUAGGGCCUGUCAGGAUAAACUCCUUGACAUGCUUGGCCCACUGUCAAAAAUUCUUGAUUUGGUGGAGGAAUCCUCUGUCACUCAGAGACCCGUUGAUACGGAAGUUUUAAAAGGAUGGGCUCAACGGGCAGUAUGCUUUCUUGGCAAUGCCAACGUAGCCCUAUCCACUGAGCGGAAACGCUCCAUCCUUAUGAGGAUUGACCCCCAAUUGACUAAUUUGGCCUCAAAUGAACCCCCUAAACCCACAGAAGGCCUUUUAUUUGGGGAAGAAUUUAUUCAUGAAAUGAACAAAUAUGUGGGAUUAUUUUCUUCCAUUAAUAAAGCACAGUCAAAUUUAAAAAAGGUUUUCUCUAAUCGAGUUUUUGGAAGGGCCGGAAAGGGAAGGAGCCGCUUUUCCGGCCGUUCUCAACCAUUCAGACAUUCUUCAAGAGGCUCCUUCCCUUCAUAUCAACAGUCCUAUCAGCAUUCCUAUCAACCACCCUAUGGACCACCAACUUCCAACCCCUCUCCAUUCUUCCCAUACCGAGCCCGACCCUGGAGGGCUAGAGGCCAACGUGGAGUGCCAAGAGCAAGACCUUCAGCUUCAGCUGUUUGACACAAUCAACUAUCAGACAUUUGAGGACUUCUUCAUGGAUUUCUCCUUUCUGAAAGAAGUCUUCAUACCAUUGCAGAUGUUUGCCGUUGUAGUUUUUACGAUUCUCU